AUGUCAAAAUCUCAAAUGCAAGAAUUAUUCAAAUUAUUUUCACAUUCAAGUAAGUUGCAUCCUCAGUCAAGUUAUAGUAUUCGAUAUAUCAAAACUCUUCAUGGAUUGCAUGAUUUAUUGGAUGAAAUAAAAUCUAAAAAUCUUCAGUCCAAUGAAUCAACUAUUGAUUCCACGGAGGAAAAGAAAAUUCAAAAACAUUUAUAA